AUUUGUCAUGGUUUUAAAAGUUUAUGGGAAGAACAGAUGGAGACUAUUAUACCCUAGAUGACAUGUUUGUCUCCAAAGCGGCUGAGAGAGGACGUUUCGGUGAAGAGGAAGAGAACCAGAGGAAGAAAGCCAUUGCCGAACAUCAGAGUCUUGCUGCCCAAAUGGAAAAAUGUCUGUAUUGUUUUGACAGCUCUCAGUUUCCCAAGCACCUUAUUAUUGCAAUAGGUGUUAAGGCUUAUUUGUGUUUACCCAACGUCCGAUCUCUGACUGAGGGACACUGCUUGAUAGUCCCCUUGCAGCACCACAGAGCCGCCACAUUACUGGAUGAAGACAUCUGGGAGGAAAUUCAGAUGUUUAGGAAAUCAUUGGUAAAGAUGUUUGAAGAAAAAGGCUUGGACUGCAUCUUUUUAGAAACUAACAUGAGCAUGAAGAAGCAGUACCACAUGGUUUACGAGUGCAUUCCUCUCCCGAAGGAAGUGGGCGACAUGGCCCCCAUCUACUUUAAGAAAGCCAUAAUGGAAUCUGAUGAAGAAUGGUCUAUGAACAAGAAAUUGAUCGAUCUCUCUUCGAAAGAUAUCAGAAAGUCUGUACCCAGAGGCUUACCUUAUUUCUCGGUGGAUUUUGGCCUCCAAGGAGGGUUUGCCCACGUCAUUGAAGAUCAACACAAGUUCCCUCAUUACUUUGGGAAGGAAAUCGUUGGCGGGAUGCUGGAUGUGGAACCAAGACUGUGGAGGAAAGGGGUCCGGGAAAGCUUCGAGGAUCAGAGGAAGAAGGCCCUGCAGUUCGCUCAGUGGUGGAAACCAUUCGACUUCACCAAAAGUAAAAAAUGUUGAGUCAUGAUCUUCAGUGUUUAGAUGUCUUCUUCAGAUUCCUUCCCGUUUUAUUUCUAUUCUGUCUUAACAACUGACCCUCAAGCCACAGGGAGGGAGAGUCCUGCUCGGGGUCUCGGAUGCCUGUGCAUCACUGGAUUCUUUCCUUCCCUGCCUUGUCCUGUGCCCGGGGAGCAGGACCCGAUAUGGGUGACCUCACAUUCCUGUUGUGUCCCUACGUCUUUGUGUUCCGACCUUCAGUUAGGAUGUGGAAGGACUUUCCUGAAGCGUUACCGAGGAGGGACAGUGGGUCACCGGUUCAGAGGGGGAUGGGGCUGCUUCAAGGUGGCGAACACUGUUGACCAGCUUCUCUUGAAUAUUUUAAACUGAAUUGGCAUAUUCAGUAAUAAUUGCAGCUUCUUUUUGUACCAUUUUAUAGAAGAGCUCUCCACUUUUUACCAGUCGCAUAUAUAUCACUGCUAUUCUUUUUACUAAAGGAAGAAGAAUGUUCCGAGAGUAAUAAACAAAUUAAAUGAAA